CUCUCUCUCUCUCUCUCUCUCUCUCUCUCUCUCUCUCUCUCUUAACUCUACAUUUCUUUCUAUCUUCAAAGCCCUGCUCUUUUUUUUUUUUCAUCGAGCGCACGGGGGAAUGUCCAUGAAAAGGAUGGGUCUUUUGGGGUUUUUGCUGUUGGGCUUCUCUGCAGUUGUGUGCUCUGUUCAUGGCUACGACGGAGGGUGGAUCAACGCUCAUGCCACCUUCUAUGGCGGAAAUGAUGCUUCAGGAACAAUGGGUGGGGCAUGUGGGUAUGGAAAUCUCUACAGCCAGGGCUAUGGGACCAACACAGCGGCCUUAAGCACGGCUUUGUUCAACAACGGACUGAGCUGUGGUGCGUGCUUCGAGCUGCGGUGCGAGAGCGAUGGCAAGUGGUGUAUGCCUGGCUCCAUUGUCAUCACAGCCACCAAUUUCUGCCCUCCGAACAACGCAUUGCCCAACAAUGCCGGUGGGUGGUGCAACCCUCCUCUUCACCACUUUGACCUCUCUCAGCCUAUCUUUCAGCGCAUUGCUCAGUACAAGGCUGGCAUUGUCCCUGUUUCCUACAGAAGGGUUCCAUGCCGGAGAAAGGGUGGCAUAAGGUUCACAAUUAACGGUCACUCAUACUUCAACCUCGUCCUCAUCACCAACGUCGGAGGUGCAGGUGACGUCCACGCAGUGUCGGUGAAAGGCUCAAGAACAAAUUGGCAGUCCAUGUCAAGGAACUGGGGGCAGAACUGGCAGAGCAACAACCUCCUCGAUGGCCAAGCCCUCUCCUUUAAGGUCACCGCCGGUGAUGGCCGGACCGUCGUCUCCAACAACGUGGCGCCCGCUGGUUGGUCCUUCGGCCAGACCUUCACCGGCCUUCAGUUCCAUUGAUAUCCUGUCCUGUUGAGAAGAGUAUAAUUAUAUAUAUAUAUAUAUAGUAUUAGUAAUUUAGGGUUUUGUGUGUAACGAGGGUUUGAUGAAGAGGAGGAGAAAGAGGGCUAUAAGGCAUUUGGGUUUUUUGGGAGCCUUUUAGCACUCCAAGAACUCUUCUGUGUGGGGAGGGGCAACAUGGUGAAAAGGGCUUUGUUUUAUUAGAGCUGAUUUGCCAUUUUGGACUAUGGGUAAAAAAAAAUUGUACUGUGGUAAGCAGGCAGUAGCGAUGGAAAGGGUGGGGCAGAGGUGGAAAUUUACCACCCGCUAUAAUAGUGAAAUAGUCAUGCUUGGUUGUUAUUUGACGUUUUUGUCCCUGUCGGGUAUGUGAGAGACGUUUGUAAGGGUGUUGUUUGGUAAUGUCAGUUGUUUUGUUUGGCUUUCGAGUA